GGUGAUCGCCAGAAAGAUGUGAAAGAUGUGAACAAAGGGAAAAAUAUAGGUAUGUGGCCUAGUCUAUGUGGCUGACCUACUCGGACUCUUUAACAAUGUGGGAGACUUCGACAUGGCUCACCGAAUGGUCGCACGUUUAUUGUUUUUGGUAUCGUUGCGAUCGUAGAUACCAAGCUGAACCUUGAAGCAAAUGUUCGGAAUUAGUUGCUGAUUCCCCUGGCAACAUAUCCUUAAUCGCAAAAGAGAAGACGGCCAUUUAUAAUCAAAUGUAAAUAUAAAUUUAGAAAAUAUACAAAGGCUUUCCAAGAAAAGGAAAAAGGCAAAAGAUUGCUUGUGGUCGAGCAGAUUUUGAAAGCGCUAAGUGAACAAAAUACUUGAGCAUUUUAAUGUAGUUGCUAUCUCGAACAUUCUCUACAGUGAACAUAGGCUUUUUUACUUACCUCUUAAAGACUGCAUGGUAUCUGAACGAUGAUGAAAGUUAUUGCUAUGCAUAUAUAAAAGAUGUCUCUUGUCUUCAUGACCGAUCUGCUCAAGUUCGGACAAGCAUGGACUGGAAGGAGAAAGUGCGCCGAUUAUGUAGUCACUGGGCGUGAUAUGGAGUUUUUUAAAAAUUGCGAAAAAGAAGAUGACGAAGGAAACAUCGCCCUUGAUGAAGUUUUCCAAUCACAUUUAGAGAUGUCUUAUGCCGACGAUGGUGAAAAGUAUUUAGCAAAUGGAAAUGUUACGUUCAAGGUCCCUAUACCGGAAGGAGCUACUGUCAAGGCACAUGCAGAAGUUUAUAAAUGGCAAAGGGGACAAUGGACAAGAACAAUGUUUACUUUAAAGCGUGACAAUCUUUGUCAAGCUAUGUUUAGUCCUGUUGAAAUUUGGUAUGGAGCUAUUAAGUCCAUACCGGAAGAGGAGCGCAUCUGUCCACCUAGAAGUGAUACGGUCUAUCAUCUUGUAAAUACAACGUAUCAAGGCGAGAUACCGGAUCUUAUGAUUUCAGACUUAGCUGGCACAUAUAAGGUUAUAGCUCAUGUGACUUUAGGCGAAUAUAUAAUGUGCAUGUCUGCAGUAGCUGAUGUUUGGCGAGCUUAA